AUGAUGAAAGGAAGUUAAUAAAGUGUUCUUUUGAAAGAGUUGAAAGAAAUUCCAAUUUAUUCUGAUAACUGGUUUUGGAAGCUUCGAAUGAGAAAUCAAGCUUUACUCUAAUUUUCAAUUAUAUUUGUCCUAAUGUUAGGAGUGGUUUUAGGAAUUUAUUUAGUUAAUAUGGCAAUAAUUGUUCCUCUUUUAGAAUAAUCUUCAUUUGAGAUUUAUAAUAGUAAUGCAAAACAUACAUUAUAAAGUCAUUUAAGAAGUUAUGAUGGCAUUCUAAAUGGAAUCUUUAAUAUAAGUAAUAUUUUUUUUUAAAUUAAUUAAGAUAUUCACUAAUUGCAAAUUAUUCAUUAAAUUUAUUCUUAGUCAUAUAGAAACCUAGAAAAAUAAGAUAAUAUUACCUUAGAUUAUAGAGCUCAUAUGGAUUAUGCAGGUACAAAUAAAAUGCCUUAAAUACUUGUUAAUUAACCACCAGGUUCAUUACAAAAAACACAUUCAUUUAUGUGCUACACAAAUAAAACUAACAUUACUUAUCCAAUCAAUAAGGUUACUUUAAUAAACUUAAAAAUAUAAGAAACUAUGUAUCCUAUUGGUCAUAUAUUGGAUGCAACAAAAUUAAAUAUCAAAUCACUUUUUUAUGUAGGAACUUUAGAAGAACCUUAAGUUUAUUUCUCAUAUCCUUGUACUAAUUUUUAAUAAGCUAUUUAUGGAUUAAAUAUUCCAAAGAGACCUUGGUUUUUAAAAGGUGUUAGUGUAUAUAAUCAAUCAAAUUUUAGUGAUUAUGAUUAUUAAUUCACUGAUCCCUUUCUUUGUAACUUUAAUUAAUUUUAUCUUUAGAAUUUACCAAAGAUAAAAUUGAAGUAACGUUAGUCAUGCCUUUGCUUGAUAGUAAGCUUAAUUUAAAAGGAGUUAUGGCUUCAGAUUUGGGAACAGAUCUUAAUAAGUUUGUAGUUAAAACAGAUUAAAAUGUUCAUAUGGUUCUAUUAGCAAAUGCAAAAGGAUUACUUAUAUAUCAUAGUUACAAUGUUAGUUUAUCACUCUUACCAAUAUAUAUUUUCAAUACUUCAUUAACAGGAUUUACAUUAGAUGAUUGGACUUCAAUAGUAGAUACUAAAUAAAGCAAUUGUUCAUCAUAUCCUAGGAACUCUAGUUUACUUUGUCGUUAUAAUAGUGUUUAUGAUAAAGAUUUGGUUAUUACAAUUCAUGAGAUAAAGAAAUUUAAUUAUCUCUUUAUGAUGUAAGUAUUUAACUUCAAUCUAGUUAAGAUUUCAUGACACUAAUGAUUAUACUGAUUAUCAACUUAAAUCAACAUAAGAGAUGUUGAAUAAACUUUAAUCAGAAGCAAUUCAAUUUCUAUAAAUUGCUAUUGGUAUAUUUCUAGCAGCUAUGUUUAUAGCUAUCUGUAUUCUUAUUUUAAUCUUUUAUCCAAUUUAGAACAUAAUUGACAAUUGUCAUUAUAUUAUGGGUAUUAAGUAUAGAUAAAAUGUACAUAAGAAAAUUUUGCUGACUAAAUUCUUUAUUCCUUUUUUGAAUCCUCAAUUAUAAUUGUUAUUUUUAGCCUAUACUAAUUUAGUCAAAAGGUUUUUAUCCUUAUCAUAGUCAAAAGGAACACUUUGUAAAACCUUGGAAGCAUUAUAAUAUCCAAAAAAGAUUAAAUAAAAAGCUCAUAUUUCAUUAAAUCGAUAUUUGAAACAAUGUUUAAAUCUAAUAGAGAAAAACACAAUGAUCCAUUAGGCUCCAUUUCGCCUUCCAUCUUAAUUAAUGGGAAGAUUUGUUGAAAAGUUACUAAUGAAAUUUUACUAAUGA